AAGUGGGGGUAACGCAUAAACACAGACAGGCAUAAAGCCACAAAGCAGAUGAGCUGAAGCCUCUGUCCUGUGUCUUCUGACCAGUGACCACUUAUUGUUUAUAACCAUUACACGACCAGUAAGAAGUAAACUAGUGCUAGUCUACCACAAAAGAAGAAAGAAGAAGAAGAAAGAAGAAAGAAAGAAGUAAGAAGAAGAGUGGUGUUAGUGUAGUUAAAAACAUAUAUAAAAGGCAAUUCAAUGAGCGCGGUUGAGCAGUCAUCUUCGGUAGCGGCAGGUGAAGGAUCAUCGUGUUCAGGGAAGAAGGUGAGGAAGCCAUAUACUAUUACUAAGUCUCGUGAAAGUUGGACUGAAGAAGAGCACGAUAAGUUCCUUGAAGCUCUUCAACUGUUUGAUCGUGAUUGGAAGAAAAUUGAAGAUUUUGUCGGUUCUAAAACUGUCAUUCAGAUUCGAAGCCAUGCUCAAAAAUAUUUUUUGAAAGUUCAAAAGAAUGGUACAACAGCUCAUGUGCCACCACCUCGCCCUAAGCGGAAGGCAGCUCAUCCUUACCCACAAAAAGCUCAGAAAAACGUGCCAAUGCAUCCACAAGCAGCUAUGGGUUAUUCUGCUUCUUUCAAUGGUAUUGCACCGGGUUAUCCUGCAUGGAGUGAUGGUUCCAUUGUCACAAACCCUGCAACAAGUGGAAUGAUGACAUCCCAAGACGAAAAUAACCUUAAUAUUUCUGAAGAUGCUGGAAGAAAGAGGUUUCCUGGAAUUAUUGUUAGCUCUGUAAGCGGAAUUGGGAGCUCAAGCAGAUCUGUACCAGCUUCUGAGUUACCAAAUCAAGGUUUACCAGACUUCGCAGAGGUUUAUAGCUUCAUAGGAAGUGUGUUCGACCCAGAAACCAAAGGUCAUGUGGGAAAACUGAAAGAGAUGGAUCCAAUCAACUUUGAAACAGUGUUGUUGCUGAUGCGAAAUCUGACGAUGAACCUGGCUAGCCCUGAUUUUGAGCCAAUGAAUGUCCUGUCCUCCUAUGAUGUCACCACAAAAAGUGUAACACUUGAGCCAACUGAUGUGUCUUGUUAACUGUUAAGGUGGAAAGGAUUUCUCUCAAAUACCAUUACAUUGAUGGCGAAAGAAAUCUGGAAUUCAGCUGGUUCUGCCCAAUGCUUAUCCUGUUAGCCUAUGUAUAUUCUUUUCUUAAAGCUUAUAUAUAUGUAAAGCAAUACAUCCUGUUUUUUGCUAUCAUUUUUGUCUUCCCCUUUUAUGGAUGGGAGGGGCCUUUCGAGGACUAGGAGGGUUGCAUUUUCAUGCUUACAAAUUUAGGAUCAAUCAUAUAUUCAAUUUUUGGAAAUCCUAAUAUAAUUAUUUUAUUUAGUUCAACAAUCAA